UUCUGAGAAUUGAUAUCUGUGCGUGAGUCAUCAGUGCUGUCACCCCGGUCAUGUCAAGUAAUAAUAAAAGAACAAUAAUUUGUUUUGCAAUAAUCACCGAUUGAUCAGAUCGUUCCAAAAGACUAAUUAAGUCAUUGUUCAUUGCUGCACGUCACCAACAGAGAGUUACAAAGCCUGCCCUUCAGAAUCGAUUAAAGUGAUAAUUAUAACCUCUUUGGAAUAACAAAACAUCCUAAAAUAAACAAAAUCGAUUAGUAGGAUUGAUAAUGGAGGGGGAGAGCAAAGUUCCAUCGAACGAGGAGAUCAUCCAGGAUUUAACGAAGGACCUGGAGAAGUCGUGUGUCGAUGAAAAAAAUGAAACGCUUGGUAAAGACGAGGGGAAGGGUGAUUAUUUCAAAGUUAAAUCUGAGGAUGACCCUUGGGAGAACGUGGGCAAGGGCUCGGAGGAGAAUUCAGAGACCUGUGAGUCCGUUCCACCGGAGUCCAGGGACGAUUGGGUUGACGAGGAGGCACUCAAGGACAGAGAGGUCUCUCUGAGUGAAGAGGAGAAGGAGAAACUGAGAGCAGAUGCUGAGGAAUUGAAGAACGAGGGAAAUAGCUUUUUCAAAUCGUCUGAGUUCAGAGAGGCGAUGGUGAAGUACACUCAGGCCCUCCAGACGUGUCCCCUGGCGUAUCCCAAGGAUCGGGCGAUUUUGUUCGCUAAUAGAGGAGCUGCGAGGGCGAAAUGUGACGAGAGAACCUCAGCGAUAGAAGACUGCUCAAAAGCCAUCGAGUUGAACUCGACGUACCUGAAAGCCUACCUGAGACGUGCCCAGCUGUACGAGCAGGAGGACAAGCUGGACGAGGCACUAGCUGACUUCAAAAAGAUCCUAGAACUCGAUCCCCAGAAUACCGAAGCCAAUCACGCUGUGAGGAGAUUGCCCCCACUGAUAGACGAACGAAAUGAGAAACUGAAGCAAGAGAUGCUGGGAAAACUCAAGGACCUGGGCAACAUGAUCCUCCGACCGUUCGGUCUGUCGACCGAGAACUUCAAGAUGGAGCAGGACCCAUCCUCAGGCGGCUAUUCCGUAAAAUUCAAUCAGAACCCCAGUUAAUCCUCAACCCCCAUAAACCCAAACGAAACCUCUAUUCAGAUAAGUGUCUUUAAGGUAAAUGAUAAAAGAAACAAAGAUAUAUCAAUAAACUAGAUUAACGACUGAA